CUUUCAGCUCACCCAAACUCAAACCACUAAGUUUCUCUCUAUUCUGACUUGAGCUCUCAGCCAAAACUCUCUCCUCCAAAAAACACAUCUCAGCCAGUCACACCCCAACUCGAAAACCAUGCCUCAAACAACCUCCGUCCCCGAAACCCUCUCCUCAUUCACUGAAAAAUGGUCUCCUCGUCUCAUCGCAUCCGUCAACGACCAUCACGUCAAAGUCGCCAAGAUAGACGGUUCAUUUAUCUGGCAUGCGCACCCCGACUCUGAAGAGCUGUUCUAUCUACUAUCUGGAAAAUUGACUAUGGAGAUUCAAGGCGAAGAUGCUGUUGUUAUGAAGGAGGGGGAUAUGUAUGUCGUGCCAAAGGGAGUUACGCAUAAGCCUGUGGCGGAGAAUGCUGUUAUUAUGAUGGUGGAGAGGGAGGGAACUGUUAAUACGGGAGAUCAAACAGAUUCAGAGAGGACGAAGCAGGUUAAGGAUGUGAGGUGGGAUGUAUGAGACAGUUGGCCAAGAACUUAUAAAAGACAAGAGGUGAUAGGAAAUUCGAAAUUGAUUAUGCUUUGCGACAAC